GGAUGAAGACUGGUCUUCAGUGCUGGGGUGUCCUCUCUCCUGCUCUGUUGUGUGACUGAGCUGAUAAUGCGUUAUCAGAGCUAGAAGGACACUAUAUAGAGGGGCUCCCCUCUCCACCCUCAGCAACUCUGCAACUGUGUGCUCUUUUUGGAUCAUCUUGUUUUCACCAUUGCUGCUUCUAUUUGGUUUGCUGUCAUCAGAAGGAGUUCCUUGAGAUUUUCCCCAAAAGGACCCCAUACUUCACCCAUAGGACUGCACUGUAAAGAGGUUUGGGGGUUUUUUUUCUUCAAAACUGUGGUGAAAAAUGAAUGGCCCAGCAGAUCCCUCAAGCUUACUCUUUAAUUGCUCAAAUCAAUCAAAUUUCUCUUUGGAGACAUCAGAGCAAUGUGGCAAAGAGACACACCUCGAGAACAUCCUUUUUGCCACUUUCUACUUCCUGGACUUCAUCCUGGCUUUUGUUGGCAAUGCCCUGGCUCUUUGGCUCUUCAUCCGGGACCAAAAGUCAGGCACACCUGCCAACAUUUUCCUGAUGCAUCUUGCUGUGGCUGACCUGUUCUUUGUGCUCGUACUUCCUACCCGGCUGGUGUACCAUUUUUCUGGUAAUCAUUGGCCAUUUGGUGAGAUGCCAUGCAGACUCACUGGCUUCCUUUUUUACCUCAACAUGUAUGCCAGUAUCUACUUCCUCAUGUGUAUCAGCGUUGACCGUUUCCUAGCCAUUGUGCACCCUGUGAAGUCCAUCAAGCUCCGCAGGUCCCUUUAUGCCCAUUUGGCAUGUGCCUUUCUGUGGGUUACAGUUGGAGUUGCAAUGGCACCUCUGCUGCUUAGCAUGCAGACAGUCGAGAUGAAAAACACAACCGUCUGCCUGCAGCUCUACAGAGAAAAGGCAUCACGUCAUGCCCUUGCGUCCUUAGCAGUGGCAUUCACCUUCCCAUUUGUUACUACAGUAACUUGCUACUUAUUAAUCAUCCGAAGCCUAAAGAGUGGGAACAGAGUUGAGAAACACCUGAAGGAAAAAGCUAUCAAAAUGAUCAUCAUGGUUCUGAUGAUCUUUCUGAUUUGCUUUGUACCUUAUCAUGUCAAUCGCUACAUUUAUAUUCUCCAUUACAAUGGGACCCAAGCUUCCUGCGAAACACAGCGUAUUCUAGCCCUCAGUAACCGCAUCACUUCCUGCCUCACGAGUCUAAAUGGUGCCUUUGACCCAGUCAUGUAUUUUUUUGUAGCUGAGAAAUUCCGUGAGGCUUUGUGCAAUCUGUUUUGUGUUAAAAAGACUGUAAUGUUGCCUCAAACAUAUGAGGGUAAGACAAAUGAAAGCUCACUAAGUGCUAAAUCUGAGCUGUGAACAUGACUCUUGUCACUGCUUCAACUUAAGAAUGCUCUAUUCUACCAAGAUCAGCUGAGAGCACAAAUAUGCAGCAAGAUAGUCCACCCAGAGCCAAACUCAUCCUGAGGAGGGAAGUUAUGUUGUUUUUAUGGGGCUGCAAUUAGCAAGAAUCCCUCUAACAACAGAGAUCAUAUGUACUUGUCUCUUACUGAAACUGCAAACAGGUACAGUUCUACUGAUUUCCAAGAUGUAAAACUGAGGGCUGAACACUUAGGAGUAGGGAAGGGAGCAAAGAGGCUAUUAAACAGACUUUUUUUUUUUUAAGAAAAAAAAAAAAGAACUUAAUUCCCAAAGCAUUCAGUAAUGAGUCUUCCUCUGCACAAUGCAUACAGCCCACAUUAAAAUUUUAUAUUGUGCCAGCAGUAGAGAUCCACUCCUGAGAUAGACCUGCCUGAUGAAAAGACAGCAUGCUUGCAUAUGUUGUUCAAGUCUCUGAAUUCAAAGCGUUUCUACAUAGUAGACAGAAAACUGGUACUAAAUGGUGGCAAGAAAAAAAGACCAAAAUGCUGCAAUGCACCCAACCUGGACUGGAAUUAAGAAAGGACUUACAAUUUUUUUACUUCUUCCCAGAAUUCAGAGCCAGAAAUGAGCACUAAACUUCACACUACCUUUUCUAUCUGCCCUCUGCCAUUGUCUCAAAGCUGCAGACAGAGGUUGGACAACAUUUAGUACACUGCCUCUUUUAUGUAGUUCCCUGCAAAACAUCAGAUAUCCUGGUAACCCUCAAAUUAAAGAAUGGAAAACAGCUGCUUACGAAUACAGCAUUCAUCUUUACUACAUACAGAAUCUUAAAAAUAAGAACCCAAAUUGCAAAAAUGAAGAAAAGCAAGCAUAUGAAGAAGUGAAGUUUACUUUGUCCAGAAGAGAUUCCUAUCUUUGAGGUGUUUUGCAAUUAUUUUUUUGUGACUUAUCUAGCAAGACUGUUCCUUCACUAUGGAUAAAGUAGGGAUUAUCUUAACUAUCCUCACUGAUACAAAUUGCAUCCAGUGGAAUAUGCCUGGAAAUGACAGGCAGACUAGGGAAGACCAGGUAUAACAAGAAGGAGGAAAAAGAACCCAAGAGUUUCCAAUAAUAUUUACUAGAAGACUGCUUCUGUGCUAUGGAGAUAAAUAUUAUAUGAAACCACGUGACAGGUAAAUUUUAUUUUUUAUGUACAGAUACAUACACAUGCAUAUCCCUUUUCCAUGCUUUUGGGAAUGAGCUCCUUACCAUUUUAGAUUUGGUCCACAAAUUAUGAAAUCAAAUAUACUUUAUCUUGCUUGAACUGCUUCAAUCCUGACUGCUUUCCCAAAACACCCUAGGGGCUAUCACAACAGCCCAUUCUAACAAGCUUAGGUGUCAAAAGAAAACCAGUUAUGCCCAACUCCAAAAACUAAGGCACAGAAUUUGCAUGCAGGAUGGAAGAGUGAGUUGAGAGGAUUCCCUGCUGCACAGGGUACAAGUAUAUAACCUUUCCUUCCCUUCUUCACCAUGUAGUUAGUGAGAAUAUAAAUUCUAGGAAACUACUAGGCUUUGCUCAAGACAUAUGAAAGCCUGAAAUUAACUAUGAAUUGUGCAAAACUGCUAACUGCUGGAUUGUUUUAUUUUCUUAUCAUGGUAUGCUUUUGUACAAGUUCUCUUUUAUGUUUUUAUUUCUUACUUCUUAAUUAAAUGUAUUAAUCAAUA